GCCCACGGAGACCCCGGACCAGGCCGCGUCCCUGAGGGGCUGCGGCUCGGGGGCGGGGCUCAGGCCGGGGCGGGGCCUGGAGCGCGCGGGCCACCGCCCCGCCCUUCCGCGACGGUCUCCGAUUGGCCGUCGCCCACGGUGCAUUGUGGGGCGCCCGCGCCGCCGCCGCCGCCACCGCAGCCGCAGUUUGGAACUCGCCAUGUCGAGCUCCCCGGUUAAACGCCAGAGGAUGGAGUCCGCGCUGGACCAGCUCAAGCAGUUCACCACCGUGGUGGCCGACACGGGUGACUUCCACGCCAUUGAUGAGUACAAGCCCCAGGACGCCACUACCAACCCGUCCCUGAUCCUGGCUGCAGCACGGAUGCCGGAAUACCAGGAGCUGGUGGAGAGCGCCAUCACCUACGGACGCAAGCUGGGCGGGUCACAAGAAGACCAGAUUAAGAAUGCUAGUGAUAAACUUUUUGUGUUGUUUGGAGCAGAAAUACUAAAGAAGAUUCCAGGCCGCGUAUCCACAGAGGUCGAUGCAAGGCUUUCCUUCGAUAAGGAUGCGAUGGUGGCCAGAGCCCAACACCUCAUAGAGCUCUACAAGGAAGCUGGGAUCAGCAAGGACAGAAUUCUUAUAAAGCUGUCGUCAACCUGGGAAGGGAUUCAGGCUGGAAAGGAGCUGGAGGAACAGCACGGCAUCCACUGCAACAUGACGCUGCUCUUCUCCUUCGCCCAGGCCGUGGCCUGUGCUGAGGCGGGUGUCACACUCAUCUCCCCCUUUGUGGGGCGAAUCCUUGACUGGCACGUGGCAAACACAGACAGGAAGUCCUAUGAGCCCCUGGAAGACCCUGGGGUGAAGAGUGUCACCAAAAUCUAUAACUACUACAAGAAGUUUGGUUACAAAACCAUCGUCAUGGGUGCCUCCUUCCGCAACACGGGGCAGAUCAAGGCGCUGGCUGGCUGUGACUUCCUCACCAUCUCACCCAAGCUCCUGGGAGAGUUGCUCAAGGACAGCACCAAGCUGGCACCUGCGCUCUCAGCUAAGGCGGCCCAGGCCAGUGACCUGGAGAAGAUCCACUUGGACGAGAAAGCCUUCCGCUGGCUGCACAAUGAGGACCAGAUGGCUGUGGAGAAGCUCUCUGACGGGAUCCGCAAGUUUGCUGCUGAUGCUGUGAAGCUGGAGCAGGUGCUGAGGGAGCAGAUGUUUGGCACAGAGAAUGGGAAGUAGCGCACACCCAGCCCACGCUGCCUGCUGGGGUCUCCCUGUGCCUGGCUUAUGAUGAAUCGUUGUUUACCAGUUGGAGCAGAGACGGAUCAUAAAUCUCUGAUUUCAUGUAAGAUCUCGCCCAGUGCAUUAAAGCAGUCCUUUUUCCUG